AACUUUUAAAUGCUGCCUUAAAGAUUAUAAAGAUCUUGAUUCUAAAAUUCUAAAUGACAAACAAAUAUUGCUCCACAAUAAAAUGCCAUUCUGAUAAAAUCAUAUGAGAAGUUUGAGAUCUUUUGUUUAUUGGUAGAGUUGAGUCAAAAUGAAGUUUACUUUUUUGUUCUUUGUCAAUUCAUUGUCUGAAUCACACAGCAUACUUGGACGACACACCAAACAACACACCAUACCUGAACCUGAACCACACACCAUACUUGAACCACACACCAUAAUUGAACCAAUCACCAUACAUGAACCAUACACAAUACCUGAACCAAACACCAUAAGUGAACCACACACCAUAAGUGAACCACACACCAUACCUGAACCACACACCAUAUGUGAACCACAAAACAUACCUGGACCACACACCAUAUGUGAACCACACAACAUACCUGAACCACACACCAUACCUGAACCACACACCAUAAGUGAACCACACAACAUACCUGAACCACACACAAUACCUGAACCACACACCAUACCUGAACUACACACCAUAAGUGAACCACACAACAUACCUGAACCACAAAACAUACCUGGACCACACACCAUAUGUGAACCACACAACAUACCUGAACCACACACCAUACCUGAACCACACACCAUAAGUGAACCACACAACAUACCUGAACCACACACAAUACCUGAACCACACACCAUACCUGAACUACACACCAUAAGUGAACCACACAACAUACCUGAACCACACACCAUAAGUGAACCUGAACCACACACCAUACCUAAACCUGAACCACACAUCAUACCUGAACCACACACCAUAGGUGAACCACAAACCAUACCUGAACCACACACCAUAAGUGAACCUGAACCCCACACCAUACCAGA